GAACGGCUACCUCUCAGUAAUAGUUAAAAAGUGAUCAAUGUUACAUCCAAAAGUGUGUCAUAAUGAUGUUCAAAAGAAUAGUUUUAGUAAUUGCAGUGAGUGCAGUGUGUCCACAGGCGGUCAAAUCGUUGGAGUGCUAUUCAUGUACAGGAGAUGAAUGCCUAUACAGAGUUGAUUUGGGAGAUCAAAUUAAUUGCGGCGAUUCACAGCAGUGUUAUACUAAGUUUGAUGGAUAUGUGCCAACAGAGCGCGGAUGUGUUUCUUCCACCAACCCAUGUACCGCAGGUUCAUGUGAAUCAUGCAGCGGUGAUUAUUGCAACAAUCUCAGUGCGACCAAUCACAAAUGCGUAAUUUGUUCAUCAGUUUUGGAAGAAAGCUGCGUCAGUAAUCCCGGUGGAUUGCAAGCUCAACAGUGUAGUGCACCGAACGUGAAUGUGGCAGAAACGCAGUGCUAUUCACGAGUGGUUGGCUCCGUCACUGAGCGAGGAUGUGUUCAAUCUCAAACUGAUGUGGAUGAAUGCGAUGGUAGCCUAUGUUCACCGUGCGCCGGAGAAGGCUGUAAUAACCAAGAAUAUCCAGAAGGGCGACAAAAGUGCGUCAAAUGCAGCUCAGCCCAAUGUAAUACAGAUGCCGUCACCAGCUAUUGCGAACUUCCGGGCGACAGCUGCGUAACUGCCAAAAAGACUGAUGGAACGUACCUCAAAACCUGUGAACAAUCGAUGUCCGACGCGGACCGACAAUUUUGCCAAUCGAAUCCACUUGCCUGCUCGUUCUGUGGCCAGAACGAGUGCAACAAAAUCGAGUUCAACGAGUCUCGAGUCGCUCGGCAGUGCUAUACGUGCCAGGGUUCCGACUGCUUGCAGUCAUCACUGGUUAUUGGAACCUGUCAUGAAACCGACGAUCAGUGCUAUACAAUUUUCGACGGCUUCAAUCCUACGCAACGAGGCUGCCGGUCAGCGCUCACCACCGCAGAGAAGGCCACAUGCGACGACCCGGAUGCUGUGGAGUGCAAUCUCUGCGGCGAAAACGAUCUGUGCAACGUGGAUGGACGGAAGGACCACCAAUGUGUGUAUUGUUCGUCCACGCUGGAUGUAAACUGUAUCAGCGCCAGUUCACCACUGCCGGCAAUUCAAUGCCCAGCACCAACAACGGAAGUUUCGGAUGACGCUUUGUGCUAUACAAGAAUCAUAGGAACCGUGACGGAACGAGGCUGUCUCGGAUCGGCCACGGAUGGAGAGCAGUGUGACCCGGAAGAAAACUGUGCGACAUGUGGCGGGAACGGAUGCAACUCGGAACUGUUCCCAUCUGAUAGGCGAAAGUGCGUGGUUGGAUCUGUAAUCGAUCAGUACUGUCCAGAUCCGUGGGAUGAUUGUGUUCAGAUCGCUAGCAAUACCAGCGGAGGUGCUAGCGUUAAAAAGUGUCAGUCAUCAAUGAGUGUGGAGGAAGUGUCCUUCUGCGAGGCAAGCAGCAACAAGUGCGACUUCUGUGAGUCAGACAACUGCAACCAAAACGAAAUAGAGUUCAACUAUUUGGAAUGCAUAAACUGCAACUCUAAUGUUGAUCCCUCCUGUGCGUCAAAUCCAUCCACCAUUACCAAUCUGGUUCAUUGUGGCACCUGCGUAAACAUUCUGACAAACAACUCCGUUGGUGAGCAAAUACUGCAACGAGACUGUCUCGAGCAGCUAUCGCCUGAAGAUGCCGAGCAGUGCAGCUUUGGCAACAGCACCACCUCGGACGCAACGUGCACUCCAUGCAGCACAAAUCGAUGCAACAACGGUCCUUUUCCGGCGGAUCGAUUGGCUUGUCACAGCUGUGAAGGUGGAUCAUGCUUCUCCCAUGACACAAUCAGGUUGGAAUAUUGUCCCAAAUACCAGGAAGGGGAUAGCUGCUACGUUCAGACAGAUUCCGCGGGAAUGUUGGUUCGGAUGGGUUGUCGCAGUUCCUUGAGCGCUGGUGAACAAUCGACUUGUGCUGCCAAUCCGGACCGUUGUAGAUUGUGUCAAUCAGCAGGAUGUAACGAUCCAGUCAAAUAUGGAAACAGCGGAAGUUGUGUUCAAUGCGAUAGUGUUUUGGAUGUAUCGUGCGUUGGGAGAGCUUCCGAUAUGGACGCUGAACCGUGUAAUGAUCCGUUGAACACCCACUGCUACACCCGAUUAGUUGGUGGGUCAACAAUUGUACGAGGAUGUUCGAGUGAAUUGAAUACUACUGAGUUAACCAAGUGCAAUAACAACGAAGAUUGUUCUGUGUGCGAUUCAACGGUUAGGAAAUGUAAUAUUGAUAUUUAUCCUGCGAACCGUUUGGAGUGUUACACUUGUGAAGGAGGAUCGUGCUUCACUCACGAUACAGUUAAAUUAGAGUAUUGUCCGAAAUAUCAGCAAGGGGAUAGCUGCUUCGUGCAGAUAGACUCAACGGGAAUGUUGAGCCGCAUGGGUUGUCGAAGUUCUCUAAAUAGUGGUGAACAAACCAGUUGUGCCGCCAACCCAGAGCUUUGCAAGACCUGUCAAUCAACUAGAUGUAACGAUCCAAUGAAAUACGGGAAUAGUGGAAGCUGUGUUCAGUGCGAUAGUGCAUUGGAUGUAUCGUGCGUUGGAAGAGCUUCCGAUAUGGACGCCGAACCCUGUAAUGAUCCUUCGAACACUCACUGCUACACCCGAUUAGUUGGUGGAUCGACCAUUGUACGUGGAUGUUUGAGUGAAUUGAAUGCUACUGAGCUGACUAAGUGUAAUAACAAUGAAGAUUGUUCCAGGUGUGAUUCAACGGUUCGAAAAUGUAAUGUGGAUAUUUAUCCUGCAAACCGUUUGGAGUGUUAUACUUGUGAAGGUGGAUCAUGCUUUACUCACGAUACAGUCAAAUUAGAGUAUUGUCCAAAAUAUCAGCAAGGGGAUAGCUGCUUUGUACAGAUAGAUUCAACGGGAAUACUGAGCCGUAUGGGUUGCCGAAGUACACUAUCUGCUGGGGAACAGUCGACAUGUGCUUCCAACCCAGAUCAUUGCAAGACCUGUCAAUCAACUAGAUGUAACAAUCCAAUGAUGUACGGAAACAGUGGAAGUUGUGUUCAGUGUGAUAGUACUUUAGAUGUAGCCUGCGUUGGGAGAGCUUCCGACAUGGACGCCGAACCGUGCAAUGAUCCGUUGAACACCCACUGCUACACCCGAUUAGUUGGUGGAUCAACAAUUGCGCGAGGCUGCUUGAGUGACCUAAAUACAACAGAACUGAAUAAGUGCAAUAACAACCAAGAUUGUUCCAGAUGCGAUUCAACGGUUCGGAAAUGUAAUGUGGAUAUUUAUCCAGCGAAUCGAUUGGAAUGUUAUACUUGUCUUCAGCCACCUUGCUUUUCACACGAAACCAUUUCACUCGAAUACUGUCCAACAUAUUCGAAUACCGAUCAAUGUGUGUUGCUUUCAGACAUAACAGGGGUACCAAUUCGUUUGGGAUGUAACAGCACACUAACAUCUACUGAACAAAACAUAUGCAGAACUACUCCUACACUAUGCAGAUAUGGUUCUAAAUCGAAAUCCAAUGACCCAGCAAUCAUAUUAGGAACCGGUAAGUGCGUACAAUGCACUAGUUCGCAGGAAGCUAGUUGCAUGAGUGACCCAGCUGCCCUCGAAGGCACACCAUGCAACGAUCCCGGAAACACCCAAUGUUUCUCAAGGUUUGUCGAUGGAAGUAUCACCGAACGUGGAUGUUUGAACGAUCUUGACGCCGCAUCACAGAGCCUGUGCCUUUUAAGCAACAACUGCGCUCUCUGCUCUUCCCGCACGGCAAACUGUAACUCCGGUCAGUACCCGCUGAACCUGAAGCGAUGUUUCCAGUGUGACUCGACCACCAACGCAACCUGCAAAGCCGUCCAAUCCGGAACUGCCCCACCCUGCACAUCAUACAACCCCGACAACCAAUGCUACAUCGUGGUGCAGAAAAACGGCGACACGGUGCGGAAGUGUUCCACCCAACCGCGAGCCACGGAAUGUGCCGGAGCGGAUCGCUGCGAGAUUUGCCGAUUUAGCGGUUGCAACUCCCGGGUAUCGACCGACGUAAUGCCCGCCGAUUUGGGUGCAACAACAACGACCACCCCCAGUCCCGCGGCGAAACCAGGCCGAGCGGCAACUAUGGAUGGUGCCAAUUUGACGGUGGCAAUUAUGAUGAUGAUUGCACUUGCGGUGGUUCGUCGACUUACCGGUACCGGGUAGAGAGUGGUGAGAUUUGUUUGAUUGUUUGUUUGGUUGGGGUGAUGUCACCACGGUGUGUUAAUAUACUGUAGUAAACGCUAGACGAAACGACGACUGUA